AUGGAGCUGGAGAACAUCGUAGCCAACACCGUUUUACUGAAAGCCAGAGAAGGAGGUGGAGGGAAACGGAAAGGAAGGAGCAAGAAAUGGAGAGAGAUCCUCAAGUUCCCCCACAUCAGCCAAUGCGAUGAGCUCCGGAAAGGGUUGGAACGAGAUUACAGCAGCUUGUGUGACAAGCAACCCAUCGGCCGACUGCUUUUUCGACAGUUUUGUGAGACCCGGCUGGAACUCUUACGGUGUAUCCACUUCCUGGAUGCUGUGGCAGAAUAUGAGCUUUCUCCAGAUGAGAAGCGCAAGGAAAUGGGAGAUGAGGUCAUGCGGCAGUUUUUCAACAAGGAGUCCCUGGGCUAUAUGGCAGAAAUUGGUGAACUUCUUGCGAACCAGUGCAUAGAAGACCUGCAGAGAAGCCCUUGCAGGGACCUCUUUGGCAGCUGUGUACAGCGCCUGCAUGAAUACCUGAGUGGUGCCCCUUUCACAAAUUACCAGGACAGUAUGUAUUUUGACAGAUUCCUCCAGUGGAAAUACCUCGAGAGGCAAUCCGUGACCAAAGACACCUUCAGACAAUACCGGAUCCUAGGCAAGGGGGGCUUCGGAGAGGUUUGUGCAUGCCAAGUGCGUGCCACAGGGAAGAUGUACGCUUGCAAAAAGCUGGAGAAGAAGCGCAUCAAAAAGCGGAAAGGGGAGGCGAUGGCUCUGAAUGAGAAGCAGAUCUUGGAGAAGGUCAACAGCCGAUUUGUGGUCAGUUUGGCUUAUGCCUAUGAAACCAAGGAUGCUCUGUGCCUGGUCCUCACAAUCAUGAAUGGAGGUGACCUGAAGUUUCACAUCUACAACAUGGGCAACGCAGGUUUUGACAAUGAGCGGGUCACCUUCUACGCUGCAGAGAUUUGCUGUGGCCUUGAACAUUUGCACCGGGAGGGCAUUAUUUACAGGGACCUAAAGCCAGAGAACAUUCUCCUGGAUGAUGAUGGGCAUAUACGGAUCUCAGAUCUGGGGCUGGCCAUUAAGAUCCCCGAAGGUGACACCAUCCGUGGCCGUGUAGGAACUGUGGGCUAUAUGGCUCCUGAAGUAAUUAACAAUGAGCGCUACUCCUUCAGCCCAGACUGGUGGGGGCUUGGCUGCCUCAUCUAUGAGAUGAUUGAGGGCCAGUCACCAUUCCGGGCCCGCAAGGAACGGGUGAAGAGAGAAGAGGUGGAAAAGCGGGUUCAGGAAGACCACGAACAGUAUUCAGACAAGUUCUCUGAAGAUGCCAAAGCCAUCUGCAAGUCGCUCCUAACUAAAGACUCCAAACAGCGGCUCGGAAGCAAAGGUGAGGGGGCCGUCCAGGUGAGGCAGCACCCAUUCUUCAGGACAAUCAAUUUCAAGCGACUGGAAGCUGGCAUUAUGAAGCCCUCCUUUGUGCCAGAUCCUCGGGCUGUGUACUGUAAGGACGUACUGGACAUUGAACAAUUCUCCACUGUGAAGGGCGUCAACUUAGACCAAACCGACAAUGACUUCUAUGCCAAAUUUGCCACAGGUUGUGUCCCAAUCCCCUGGCAGAACGAGAUGAUCGAGACAGAAUGCUUUAAGGAUCUCAACAUCUUUGGACCAAAUGGCACCCGAUCCCCGGAUCUGGACUGGAAGCAGCUCCCUGACCCACCCAAGCGUAGCCUCUUGCAACGGCUCUUCCGGCGUAACGUAAGAUCCAAUCUUCCUAGUUGGAUCCUGAUGAAUGAAAGCAGAUGCGGGGCCUAUCCUGACUGCGAUCGUAUGCGCAAGCUGGGGCAGGACUGA